AUGUUACUUUAUGUUCUUCAAUAUCCCCUGUCAGUGAUAGUAAUUCCAGGUGUGAUUGUUACAGCUGGCGCCGCAACUCUUCGUGUCUUAUUGAGUUUCGCGGUGGGCGGUUUACUUGGAGACGUGUUCCUUCAUCUUUUGCCUGAAGCAUGGCAUCAUGACAUGAUGAACAGUAAAGGCGGCGAGGUAUCUAUGAGGAGCCUGCGAACUAAGACUUCGGAUACAUGGUCCAGGACGCUCCCUCCGACAACGACUUCGGUCACCGAGAGUCACGACGAGGGGACCGCGCUGAGGGAGUCUACUACGUCGUCUAACCUGAUGGAAGGAAACAGACCGUUGAAUAUGAAGCCGACCAGGACGGUUUCAAGCCCAGAAUCUCAUACGAGGACGUCGGCGCCGGAUCAGGCUACGACAGUAACAGACGAGCGGAUUACAACAACGAUUAUAACAACGGACCUUAUUAGAAGACUUUAUAUAAAGAAAAAAAAAACCAUGACAAUUUGUUAA